GGGGCAGUAGAGCGGGUUGCCGGGAAGGCGGAAGUGCGGGGAUUUCCGGUCGGCGUGAGCAGCGUGCGGCGUCUGAGUUUCUGGGUGUCCUCAGCUUUCCAGGUAAAAUAUGGCUAAAAGUUUACGGAGUAAGUGGAAAAGGAAGAUGCGUGCUGAAAAGAGAAAAAAGAAUGCCCCAAAGGAGCUCAGCAGACUUAAAAGUAUUCUUAAAGUAGAUGGUGAUGUUUUAAUGAAAGACGUUCAAGAGAUAGCAACUGUGGUGGAACCCAAACAUUGUCAAGAGAAAACGCAAUGUGUGGUGAAAGAUGAAACAGAUGACAUGAAAAUGGAGACUGAUAUUAAGAGAAACAAAAAGACUCUUCUAGACCAGCAUGGGCAGUACCCCGUAUGGAUGAACCAGAGGCAAAGAAAAAGGCUGAAAGCAAAGCGAGAGAAAAAGAAAGGAAAAAGCAAAGCAAAAGCUAUCAAGGCAGCGAAGGGUUUGGCCUGGUAGACCCUUAAAAACUUGAAAAAUGCCACAUGGGACAGGUCUUUGAUUAGAAUGUAUACAUUGAUUUCAGCUUCCACCAAAUGGAAACUUUGUUUCCAUUUUUUAACUUGGCCUUUUUCUUCAAUUCAAGCCCAAGGUAACUCCUCAAAUUUGUCUUGGUAACUUGAAUAAAAUAUUUUCUUUGAUGAAUGAAAGCUACACUGAUAUUUUAAUUGAAUGCUAUCCAAUAUGCAGGGAUUAUCAGACAUCAGAAUCCUCUCGAGUAUUAAUGCGGUUGUAAUCAUUCAGUCUUAGGAAAGAUGAAACAUAAUAUUAUACUGACAAAUUUGAGCUAACUCAGAUUUAAGGUAAAUUAUAUAUCAUGUGAAAAUAUGUCAGUGGAUCGUAUAAGCAGUACUUGUUUGGAGUUUUGACUUUGUGUAAUUCAGAAUAAAAGAUACUCUGUCUAGAUC